AUGACCGUUGGAACGAAUGUCAUGCAGACAAUUGUAAGCACUUUGUUGCGAAGUGUGCUGUCUGUACCGGGACUGGAGGAGACCACAAACACACCUGCAAGGAUCGUUUGGACGACGAUUUGUCGAAGCCGGUGUAUAAACCUGCAAAGACCUCACUUCGCUGAGAAACUCAAGGACUUGAUUUUUGAGAACGACAAGAUCAAGAUCACAGACUGGGCUAAGUUCAAGUUCAACAACGGAUACGUUAGUCCAGAUCUGACAAAGGUGGAUUUCUCGAAGCUGAAGUGUCCCACAUGA